AUGUCGGCCUUCAAUAAAUUGCAGACUGCAGGCGGUGAGUUAGUAAAAGAAUCGUUAGAAUCCCAAUCAGGGUCAUUACUAAAAACACUAAGGUUAAAAUAUGCUACUACCUACAAAGAGCAAGGCAGAGUGAAUCUUAAUGACACGAGGAAUGUUCACAAAGCUGAUCUUAUCUCUUUUGUUGUCACUUUUUGUCAAAUUUUUAAGCGCAAUUAA